AUGCGCGGGCUAAAUCUAGUCUCCUUUCUUCUGGUUGCAGCCUCGGGCGUUGAUGUCCUGGCUCUUCCCGGCGAUGGCGUCGAUAUCCUCGGCGGUCCCGCAGUCGCGGCCAGCGACAUCUUGAUCACCAAAAGGAGUGACGAUGGUGGCGGCGGCGACUUUUGGGGUGGCGGCGGCGACUUUUCUGGCGGUGGCACCAGCACUUCGCCUGCUGACCCCUCAGGUUGCGGCUGCUCUGGUCUGUCGGACUGGCUUGGUAACUGUUUCUCUGGUGGGAGCUGCAUCUCCCCAAGGGCCAACGUGCCCACGAACGGGUUCGGCUCCAACCCUCCCGUCUCGGAUGGCAUGGGUGGGGACCAAACCUAUAUAUAUAUCAGUGAAAAAAAUUACUAUGGAGGAGAUCGACCUUACUGUCGGGAAGAUUUUUCCCCGCACAUGGGGAUAAUGGGAUCUCAUUCAUCACACAGGUCAAAUAAGGGGUCUUUCAACAAGGAACGCAAGAAGACCAAGGACAGCCAUUGGGUGCCUAACGGCAUUGAUCCCAAAUAUCAGCAGUAUGCCAGUAAGGCUUAUUACCAGCAGAGUGCCAAUAUGGGUCCUCAGCAGCAGAAGGCCAAUAUGGGUCCUCAGCAGCAGAAGGCCAAUAUGGGUCCUCAGCAGCAGAAUGCCAAUAUGGGUCCUCAGCAGCAGAAGGCCAAUAUGGGUCCUCAGCAGCUCCACUCGAAGGUCAAUUCCAAGACGGACGUAUGUCCUGCAGCCACGCCUUCUGAGGGCGAUACCGCCGAGGCGUUACCCACUGAACAAGAAAUCGAAGAGGUGAACGAGGAUCUCAGUGAAGGGUGCGACGCCUUCGCCAGACUGGCAGGAGAAUAUUGCGCAAUGAAAGUGAGCAAAGGGUUUGACAAUUGCUGGUAUUGGGCCAAGGAGCAGCUCGAAACGUGCAGAGUCGGCGUUGUCAAGUGCGGACAGAAAGUCGGCCAGAAAUGCGAUGAAAUUGCCGAGAAAGUUAUCGAGAAAUGCGCACCUCGCGUCCAAUCAGGCUUAAAGAAAUGCAAAAGCGCAUUGGAUGUAUGUGGGAGAUCCUGCAUCGUCGGAUGGGAAAUGUGCUAUUGGCAAGGCGAAAGAUGCGUGAGAACAAUCGGUCACCAGUUCCGCUUCGUAAAGACUGCUGCGACAGCCACAGCCAGGGCUGCCAAAAGGGGGAGAAACAAGGCCAUAAUAGGGGCCCACAAAAUUAAGAAGAAGUUCGCAGGUUGGCUGUGGAAUGUGGUCCCCAACAUGGAGAAUGAGCUGGGCCAAUAUGAGCUUGAGAAGGAGGGUAUCAUAACAAGGGAACAGAGGCUGCAAGCCGAGAAAAUGGCCAAGCAGGACCAAGCAAUUGGAUCUCCCGUGCACCCAUAA